AUGCGUUCCAAGUUCAAGGACGAACAUCCCUUCGAGAAGCGCAAGGCAGAAGCCGAACGCAUUCGCCAGAAGUACGCCGACCGCAUCCCUGUCAUCUGUGAGAAGGUCGAGAAAUCCGACAUUGCCACCAUCGAUAAGAAGAAGUACCUCGUCCCUGCAGACCUGACCGUCGGCCAAUUCGUCUAUGUUAUUCGCAAGCGAAUCAAGCUUAGCCCGGAGAAAGCCAUCUUCAUCUUCGUCGAUGAAGUCCUGCCUCCUACUGCCGCGCUCAUGAGCAGUAUCUACGAAGAGCACAAGGAUGAAGACGGUUUUCUAUACAUCACGUAUGUGGAGCCCCGCCUUCUAUUGUGA